CUCUCUGUUGAAGUUGAGUGAUGCUACUGGCUGGCGACUGUUCUGACUUGCUCUCCUGCGCCCUUUUAGAGUUGACAGACGCACUGGCCGCUCUGUCGCCAUCAAGAUUAUCGACGUUGAAAAUGCCGAAGACGAGGUCGAAGACAUUAUCCAAGAAAUCGCCAUUCUGUCCGAACUCCAGUCACCAUAUGUGACCAAAUACUACGGAUCCUAUGCAAAGGGCGCCGAGCUAUGGAUCGUCAUGGAGUUUUGCGCAGGCGGCAGCUGUGCUGACCUGAUGAAGCCAGGGAUCAUGGGCGAGGAUUACAUCGCAAUCAUCAUAAGGGAGUUGCUGAUGGGCCUGGACUAUCUCCACGCGGACAAGAAACUACAUCGUGACAUUAAGGCGGCUAAUGUCUUGCUGGGGGCCAACGGGCAGGUCAAGCUGGCUGAUUUUGGCGUCUCGGGCCAGCUCUCAGCUACCAUGACGAAGAAAAACACAUUCGUUGGAACCCCCUUUUGGAUGGCACCGGAGGUCAUUAAACAAUCUGGAUAUGAUCACAAGGCUGAUAUUUGGUCACUCGGUAUCACAGCUCUCGAGCUGGCGAACGGCGAGCCUCCUUACGCCGACAUUCAUCCCAUGAAGGUUUUAUUCCUCAUCCCCAAGAAUCCACCGCCAAGGCUGGAGGGGAAUUUUACAAAGGCCUUUAAAGAUUUUGUCGAAUUGUGUCUGCAGCGCGAUCCAAAGGAACGACCGACUGCGAGAGACCUCUUGCGACAUCCGUUUAUUCGAAAGGCAAAAAAGACGACAUACCUCACAGAGUUGAUUGAGCGACAUACCAGAUGGGCGGCGACACAUAAAACAGAAGAAGAGGAUACAUGGGAGGUCAGCGAGAGCGCACCUCCGGAGAGGACGCGGGUGAAUGAAGACAUGUGGGACUUUGGCACCGUUAGGCUUGUCAAUGAUCGUGGUGGUGUCGUCAACCGGCCGAGUAAGCUCAACCCGCUCGGUGCAAGUGCUACUAACACGAGAGCCGGACGGUCAUCCGAGAACUCGGAUGAUUACGGCGAGAGGCGGCGCGAGCCAUCAAGCCCAACAAAGUUGAGACCAGAACAUGUCCUCCAGCCCAGUGAUACUCUCAAAGCAGCCAAUGCAUCCAGCGCAGGAACAUCACGGCAAUCCAGCCCACAGCGCAAACCGAUACCUCAUGCUGUACAGCGCGGAUUUGUAUCGAAAGCAGCGCCCCCGCCCCCUAGCCCUGUCGUGGUGAAGACCUCAAGCUGGGACAUCCAGGGUUCCACACCAAAGACGCCAAAGAUUGCUCCGGCACCAGUGCUGGCCCCGGCGCCAGAACCUCCCUCGCCCGAUUAUGACCGAGAAUUGCAAGCUCAGCUCCAGCGCGAUAUGGGAAUACUGAAUCUGAAUAUAGAGUUGCCUGAACCUGCACCAACACCGUCGCCCCCUCCCCCCGCAGCUCCCGCGCACCGAGUCAUUUCCAUACCUCCUGGAUUUGAGAGGCCGGUGCCGCCAGCUCAUGGCGUUUCACCUCGAUCAACAAGCACAAAGUUUACGCAUUACGACGUGCCUGAAAUUCCACCAUACAGGGGUCCAUCCCCUAAACCACCACCGCCUCAAGCUACUGUUGAAAAGCGAACGGUAACACCGGUCAUGGCGGCUCAUACUUCAGCAUCUAGGGUAUCUGCUUCAUCGCCCAAGACUACCGAAAAACGAACGGUCACUCCGGUCAUGGCGCAUACUUCAGCAUCCAGAGUAUCUAACUCAUCACCUCAUACAACUGAAAAGCGGACGGUAACACCGGUCAUGGCUCAUACUUCGGCUUCCAGAGUACCAGCUUCAUCAACAACUGCGCCUCCGCCUAAUGCUGCUGCGCAUGCGCCAUCAGCAUCGGUAUCGUCAAUGCGAUCACAGGGUAAUUCUUCAGGGAUGUUAGAUAACUUUCCUUCGGCCCCGGCUGCAAACCCUAACGGGGAACUUGAUGCACUCAACGAUGUCAUCUUUCCCGCUCUGGAAGAGGCGCUCAAGAGACGGCAGAUUCGACUUCAACAGAUGUAUAGAUCUGUUCAGAAAGGGUCAACAAUGUCAGCCAAACAACAGCGAGCCGAGGCUUCUCACGAGAAAGUCCGCAAACUUGUCUAUAAGCUGGCACACGUUUGCAAGGAGAUUGAUUACCACGACAAAGCUGAACCCGUAGGUAUGGGCCGUGACGUGGGCAACUUUCUGGAGGGGCUGCUUGAGGAGAUUUUGGUUCGAGUCGAGCCGCUGGAUGAGGAAGAGGUGUAGACGAUGUGGAGAGAGACGAACGAUUUUUGUACGGAAUAGCCUUGAAUGAACUAACGAACUGUACUGUUUCUGGGAAC